UGAGCGUUUCAUGUUUUUUAAUACUGAGCUUUUAUCGUUGGAUCCGCAAAGGGAAAGAAAAAGCUGGGUACACCCCCAAAUUCAACCCCACAAAAGUACGGGUGUUGAAUUAGGGUACGGGUCAUUACAGCGAGCAACCUAGUACUAUGUCAACCAGUCGAACUGAUGUACUUUCAAUCGUUAUGGAUGAGGUGGAGGAUGCCAUAGAUGUUGCAACGAGAGAUUGGGUGAAAGAAUAUCAUGGAACCCUACCUAUCCCCAAAUGCUCCCCAACAACCACCAAUCCGACCCUCUCACAAACCCUCGAGCCACUCAAGAAGCUAUCAGAAUCCCUCUUCCGCAAAGGGUUCCUCUCCGGUCUAUUCUCUGAUUUCACCGUCCAAGUCCUUGGUAUGACUUACAACCUCCACAGGAUUGUGCUCCUCAACAAUCCUUAUUUUGCUGGCAUGCUGGACGGUGGACCAUGGAAGGAGCAUGAAAGUCGACAGGUGCAGAUUGCAAUCGACGAUCCCAAUGUAACUGUGGAAGGCAUUACAACAGUACUGGGAAGGAUGUACGGAAAUACACAGCUUCAUCUAACUUCGACCUCGGCACCAAGCGUACUGGCGGCAGCGUUGUUUUUUGGGGACAAAGAAUUAUGCGAUAUGACAGUUAACUUCAUUGUUGAAGAUCUAUCACCUGAUACUGUCUUGGACUACCUGCUAUUUUCAGAUGGGUACUGCUACGGUACACAUUCAGAAACAAUUGUUGAGGCGUGCUUGACUUACCUCUGUCGGGAGGGAUAUGCGAGGAAGGAGCUAAGACCGGUGUUUGAGAGAAUGCCCGUGCGGUGGCUGGAGAGAAUGGUGACGAGUGACUGCUUUUGGGUACCGAGCGAAGAACAGCGGUGGAAUUUCAUUGUGAAGAUCAUUGAAGAGAGAAGAAGGACAGAACUUGGAAAGCGCGAUGAUGAAGCGAUAGAGCUCGGAAAGCGGUUUGAGCAACUUGCAUCUCUGGAAGGAACUAUAGAAACAUGCACCAAAGAAGAUGCCGCCGCUUGCGCAGCCGAAUCGGAAGGCCAUGUAUGGACAACGAUCAAAGAUCAACCCAGCGAUGAUGAAAUUUCCGCGGACGACGACUCCGACACCAUCUAUGAUAAUAUCUUGGCUCGGGGUAUAGGUUAUAUCCACAUCCCUUUUGACUCCCUCCUCCGAAUUCACAGCUACACGGAAUUGCAAGACAUCAUCGACCUUCCUGACCUUCUCGAGAGCUCCGCAUGGACCCAGAAAGAGCUCCAACACAUGAUUACGUCUGCAACGGAAGACACAAUGGAAUUCAACAUCGAUGAACCUGUCGUUCCAAGGAGUGACACAAGGCAUAUUGAUGGACUGCGUUUGACAGAGGUCAUGGACGAGGACAAUUUGUAUGUACAUCAAGGAAUGAGGUUCUGUCCCAUGCGAUUUGGCGUGGAAUUUUCGGAUCUGAGGAGAAUCGCUAGUGGAGAGAAGGUCGCGAGUAGAAGUGUUUUCUAUGCGGGUUCCAUGUGGCAAAUCUAUGUGCAAACCGUAACAGUCGACGAAACGCCCAAGCUCGGGAUCUACCUUCAACGCAUGCCGGUGCCAGUCCCUAAAUUUAGUACCUACCCAACCUAUGCCCAGCUACCCUCGACAACACCAUAUAUCGAUCCGCGUAAAACCACCCUUACAUGGUUUCAGCUCUACUGUUUCUUUGGGGACAAAUGCUACGUCCUGGAAAGCAAGCCCGACAAAUUCCAACUGACACAAUCAUGGGGCUGGAGAAUAAAUAAACUGUACCGAGAUGCCUUUGAUGCGGGAAGGAGUUUGAGAUGUUGCGUCGUAUUGGGGCAUGUAUGAUUAGGAUUAAUCGGAAUCUGGGAGCCUAUUUAAUGGACCUAUUGAUGUGGUUUGUGAUUAUGCUUUAAGAUUUAAUACUAUUACUAGACAAGCCAGAAGUGAUAUUGAUCGGAA